AUGGACAGAUUUAUAUCUUCAACGGAAUUAGAAGAAUCUAGGCGUAAGAGAGAAGAAGAAUGGAAGGCGGCAUACGAAAGAAUUGGUCAAAAACCGCCAGCAAAAGAAGAAGAAGUAUACGAUCCUCGUACUUUAUACGAACGCUUACAAGAACAAAAAAUGAAGAAAGAAGAAUUAUUUCAGGAAAUGACAAGAUUUAGUAAUCUAAUUCAUAGGCUUGACGAGGAUGAAAUAGAGUUUUUGGUAACAUUAGAAAAUGAGGAACGUGUCAAGGAAUUGGAAAAGAUGAAAAAAGUUGAAGAGGAACUUGAAGAAUUCAGAAGGGCGGCAGCUAAAGCUAAUGAAGAAGCAAUACCCAAACUUGUAGUUCCCCAAACACCAGCACCGGUUAAGAACGUGCUGAAAAGAGAUGCACAACGCAUGAUUUUAAAUAACGCAAUAAAGAAAACCAGUAAUUCCAUAGUACGUAAAAAGUCUCUAGAUAAAGAAAGCGUUAGUUCUGAUGAACAAUCGAGAGAAGCUAAAAGACAGAAGUGA